GCCCGAGCGUUCUUCUUCGUGCACAUUCUCGUUCUUGCGCCGAGGCAGCGGCAUUGGGUCAGUGAUGUUUGCUCCAACCGUCAGUUGAAGUGUUGCACGAGAUCCCAACGGAUCCUUUUUUCCGUGUCCCGUCUCUGUCCUGAAUUUUAAUCAAGACGAUGGAGAGCACAUCACCCAAAGUGAGUCCUUCGAAGAAACGAAAGCUAGAAUUGAACGACUUCCAAGGGCCGGUCAUCAGUGAAAACGACCAAGUUAUGGUGAACUACAUUCAGUGGAACGUGUACGCCAACGCCAUGAUGGCACUCCAACAGCAUUCAUUGGAGGUGGAACCGACACGUGUCAAACGUCAAAGAAUGGACCUCGUACCUGCGCCACAGACCUCGUCAAUGACGCAAAUCACGAGUGGGUCCGGAUCGGCGGCGGGGCCCAAAUCCGGUCAGAUCACGUUUAGGCCCCAUGCCGACCAUGCCUCCGAACAGGCCUCCAAAGGCGAGCUGGAGUCUGUACUCUCGAGGAACCUCCGUUCCAGGAAGCGGAAUUCCGUCGACCAACAAUUGGCUAGUCCGGAGGAGAGCCUAAAUGCUAUCGAGGACAAGUCAAGUCCGGGCAGUCCCAACCCUCUGGAUGACGAGACUGCGGGGCAAACCCAAAUUCAUCAUCUCUUUCCAGAGAUCAUGCUCCAAAUAUUCAAGCAUUUGGACGUCUCGUCGAGAGGCAGUGCUUCCAAGGUUUGUCGUAGAUGGAGGGUAUUUGGAAAUGAUCGAUCGAUCUGGAAGGGUACCUUACCCAAAAUUCACCUGAAGCGAUACAAUGCCUCCACUGUUUCAUCUCUGUCGAAACGAGGGCUCACUGACGUCCAAGUCUACAGCUUAAAAAGAAAUCUCAAAGACCUUUUCAACGGGAUGCCUCACAUGACCAGUCUCAACCUGUCUGGUUGCUACAAUUUAUUGGACGUCACGGUUGAGGCGGCCUUGAAGAAGGAUGUGCCUUACCUCAAGUCGUUGAACCUCAGCAACUGCAAGGAGAUCACGGACAAAUCAGUGACAAUGAUCUCACAGCAUUGUAUUCAACUACAAGAGCUCAACUUGGCCGGAUGCUCCAAAGUCUCAAACAUGGGUCUGCUCAUCAUCGCCUGGUCUCUCAAGAACAUUCGUCGCCUGAAUGUCCGCUCGUGCCGAGCCAUAUCCGACUACGGCGUCCAAUAUCUUACCGGUGCUCACGACAAAACACGCAACAACUACGCCCAAGAGCUGGAGGAGCUCACUCUCCAAGACUGCCAGCGGGUCACGGACGAUGCCCUGAGAAGUAUUUCCAAAGGCCUUCCCAAAUUGAAGAGUAUCAAUCUCUCCUUUUGUCCGAGUGUCACCGAUACGGGUCUGAAGUCGUUUGCUGGUAUGACUUGCUUGGAGACGAUGAUCCUUCGCUCUUGUGAUAACAUCACUGAUAUUGGACUGGCCUACUUGACCGAGCAUGGCCUCAACGUACGCCACAUGGACGUGUCAUUCUGUCCGAACGUGACCGACGUUGGCCUUCGCAACAUUGCUUUGGGCAUGACCAAGUUGACCCAACUCAACCUUUCGAAUUGUCCCAUCACGGACCGAGGCGUCCUGAAGCUAAUCGAGAACGUCAAAGGCCUGAGACAAUUGUUGCUGGGUCAAUGCAAGGAUCUCUCGGACAAGUCCAUAAAGGAGGUGAUCGAGCACCUGAACGACUUGGAAAGUAUAGAUCUCUACGGCUGUGCCAAAGUCUCUUCAAAUCUCAUCGAGCAGCUAGCAAAAAAGCCAAAGAUGAAAUCGCUCAAGACCACCCUCUAGGGUUGCCGUUGUUGCAGUU